AUGCCUGACAAGAGCACGCCAAGGCGGAAGCGCGGGGCCCCUGUAUCCUCUGGACCUAAGAAGAAGCAGUCGGUGGCAGCAAAGAAGAAGCAUGUGCGGGAGUUGGCUAAGGCGGGGAAGUGGACUGAGAUUGAAAAAAUGUAUGGGAAAAGGCUCCUGGUCAAGGCAAAAGCGUAUGCGGAGAAGAACCGCAUGGGCAAGACUCCACAAGAGACUGCUCGUGAGAUCUUAAUGAAGAAUGGAUUGCUGUCGUCAGCUUCACAAGCAAAUACUACACCUACUGCGUUAGAGAAUCAGCAAGAAGAGUCUGGAACUCGAGUGAACGUGCCACGGGUUAAUACUUCAUUACGGCCUAGCUCGCCCAACCCAUUGACAAAGGAACAGCAAGAGCUGGUCGAGAAGAGACGACAAGAAGCUCUGGAACGACGUCGACUGCCCACCUCUCCGCCAGGAACACUGACGAAGGAACAGCAAGAACGUAUAGAGAAAAGAAGACGCGAAGCUCUCGAAAAACGACGCCGUGUCCAGAACUCUGGAAUGAAUCGUGUCCAACCUCCUGCUGUCAUUCAACCCGAUCCAGCACAUACUUCGCGAUACGGUUUGCUGCCUUCGGUUGCUCCACUGCGCCAUCAACAACCACCUCAAGUCUCGCGGAUAGAGGCAAGCAGACCAACUUCAAAUACAACUCAUCGCGUCGUUACUCCCGACAACCUCCCAACAACAACAACAAACCAAGCAGUCGAAAUCGAACCAGCACGACCAGAUUACUUUUGGAACGACUUCGAGGCCGCUGCAGAGAUUGUUCAAUGGGAACAUGAGCACAUGGCAGAGGCAGCACUGGUGCAACCUCCAGCAAAGACUCCCAGAGAUUUCAACCGACAAGUGGACGCUCUUCAACAUUCGCAGCACAUCCAGUACGAGAAACCUAGAACUCGGACACCUCCAGGCUCAGGCAUCCCAUCAAUCUCGCAGGAAUUGGCUGCAGCAGCAGAAAUUAUCCAAUGGGAGAAGGAGCACGAAAUUGUUCCGGAUGUACCAGCUCCUUGUCGACUGGGCGAGAACUCAGACAACGAUCCUGAGUUUGAUGCACCUCAAUUUCAACUACUGCCUGUACAAGUCAUUGACGAUGUCGACCACGAGCGAAAUGCCAUCAAACCGGUACAUCUUCAAAGGGGCAGCGCACAACCUGGGCUGAAGCUACCAAACAACGAUCCUCAAUUGAAAUCCAGAUCACACCGCAAGCGCCCACUGGUAACAUCACCGCCACCAGCUCUGCCACAUAACAGUGCCGUAUCCAGCACAGCGGCAAAAUGUCCCGGUGGGAAAAACAAGAGCCACUCCACUUCACCUCGUUCAUCUGAAAAUCAGCGUGAUCGAACGGCGGAAUUCCUCGACAAACAUCUCUUGGAAAACAAGCUCGAGCUCCCGGUUCUUGAAUUUCUCGAUAUGAUGCUCGCGUAA